AUGUUUGCCCGGCUUCGGGCUCUUGAAAGUGCAUCUCCGUUGGCUGCUUGCCGCAUCUUUCACGUCACCCAACAUUUGACCUUUGACUUGCUCGCAAAGACACAACUCAAACUCGCACAUCGCGCAUCCGUCCUAAACCCACCUUCCACCACAGGUCCCCAGCGCACAACACAUCCCACAUCAAUCGGCCCACCACCCAACAAUGGCAAACGAACCACGAGGAGCAUGGGCACGCCCCGUCCCACCGCAUCACGCACACCCCAACAACCACGAUCCUCAAACGCUUCGCCCGCACCCACUGCACCAGCCGUAAAACCCGCACCCGCUGCUCCUGCUCCUGCCGCGCCAGCAGGAAACGUAUGGGCUCAGAGGGCGGCAGCGCAGAAACCUGCUGCUGCUGCUGCGCCCAAGGCGGCGAAGAAAGAGCAAAGUGCGGCUGCUGGAGUGCAAGAGGUGCAUGUGUCUGUGAAUAACUUCAAUGAGGGUGAGGUGAAGCAGAUGUUGGCGAAGGGAGAGGUGGGUUCGGUGUAUAAGCCUGACUACAGUGGAGGUGCAUCGAAGUUACUGACGACCAUGACAGCGGCUUGCAUGGCCAACGGAAAGAACUUCUGGGCUCAUCUGGAAGAACAAGUCGCGGCUGCUCGCAAAAAGGAGGGACAGUAA